AUGGUCCCAUCUGACAUAGUCCAGGCAACAUUUGUUGUGAACCAAAACGAUGUUGAACGACUGAGGCAAUGGAUCUUGGCUAUACGUAAGAAGGAUGAGGAUCAGACAUCAAUCACCCUACCACAUCUAUCAACAUACACUAUAAUUUGUGCACACUCAUGGGUUUGCUCAAUUAAAUCGAGAUCAAUCGAUGGUGCUGCUGGUAAGAGUCAAGAUAUGGAGAUCUUCCUCAUUGCCAUGGACUGCCGCAUCAGGGAUCGCCUGGAUCCUCCAGUUCCAGAAACAUAUUUUGGAAAUUGCUUGAUAGGUUGUGUUGCAACAGUGAAAAGGAGUGACUUAAUGGGAGAAGAUGGGAUCAGCAUAGCAGCAGAAGCGAUCACAAAGGCAAUAAAGAAGCGAUUGGAUGAUGGAGUACUGAAAGGAGCAGAGUACUUGAUGUCUGAGAUGAGUGCAGCAGUAACUAAGGAGCCUUUUGCAGUUGCAGGAUCUCCUAAGUAUAGAAUAUAUGAUACAGAUUUUGGGUGGGGAAGGCCAAAGAAGUAUGAAUCACUCAGAGUUGGUGGGAGACUUCUCACUUUAUGA